AGAUUUGAGCAAUAUCUCAAAUAAACCCACGAGGAACGAAGAAGCGAACGGAGACCGAAACUCUUUUGUCUCAUUUCCCUCGUCACUUCCUCACAAUGGAAAAGAUCCCAAAAUCUCCGAUGCUCUUCGAUCUUAAGAAUCUCCUCUAAAACCCUAGGGUUUCAUCAUCCCCAAACCCUAGAAAUCUCAGAUCCAAGCUCCAUGGAAUCCAACGGAUCAGGAUCCACCCCCAAAUUCCCGCCCCCCAAAACCUCCUCCUCCAACCACCGUCAUUGGAACGGAGGAGACUACGGCCUCAGCGUCAACGAUCGCCGCGUCGCCUUCUCUCGCAAUCCCUCGUUCCGACACCCCGAUCCCCAAUCGCCGAUCUCGGUUCAGAGGAGCAACUCGUUCAGGCCGAAUCUCUCGAGAAGCGACUCGAGCAUCAUUAUCGAUGAUUCUUGGAAAGGAUACGAGAAGCCGAGCUUGGGAGCGGAGAGCGGUGGCGAGAUGAAGUUUUCGGUUUUUGGUUUGGUGGUGACGAUGGCUAGAGCCGUGAGGUCUGGGAAUCGAUCGAUGAAGAGAUUGGCGCUGCUGAUUUCGCUGAACGUGGCAUACUCGACGACAGAGUUGGCUAUUGGGCUCUUUACUGGGCGCGUAGGUUUGGUGUCUGAUGCCUUCCAUUUGACAUUUGGUUGUGGGCUUUUAACAUUUUCACUGUUUGCGAUGGCCGCUUCUCGGAAGAAGCCUGAUGGAGUUUACACUUAUGGAUACAAAAGGUUAGAAGUAUUGGCUGCUUUCACAAAUGCUCUGUUUCUGGUGUUUAUGUCAUUCUCCUUGGCAGUAGAAGCACUACAUGCAUAUAUACAAGAUGAAUCAGAACAUAAGCAUUACCUGAUUGUUUCAGCUGUCACCAACCUUCUGGUGAACUUACUUGGGGUUUGGUUCUUUCGAAGCUAUGCCCGUGUUAAUAUUGUUUACAGAAAAGCUGAAGAUAUGAACCACCACUCCAUCUGCUUACAUGUACUUGCAGAUUCUAUAAGGAGUGCAGGUUUGAUCUUGGCAUCAUGGUUUCUGAGUCUAGGGGUUGAGAAUGCUGAGGUUUUGUGCUUGGGAUUGGUUUCGGUUGCUGUGCUAAUGGUAAUCAAACCACUCUUUCUAUCAACAGGAAGCAUUUUGCUUCAAAUGUCUCCAGCCAGCAUACCCUAUUCUGCCUUAAGCAAAUGCCAUAGACAAAUAACUUCGUUGGAGGAUGUUUGUGAAGUUUCUCAAGCACGGUUUUGGGAAGUGGUACCUGGUCAUGCUAUUGGUUCAGUAUCAAUACAGGUCAAAAAAGGAGUGGACGAUUACCCAAUUCUUCACUACGUGCAUGGAUUGUACCACGACCUAGGCAUACAAGAAUUGACAGUUCAAACUGAUUAUUUGUAAUUCCUUCCUUGAAUUGAUGAUCCAAAUUCUUCUUCAUUUUUUAUAUAUAUUAUAAGCUGAAUGAUUAUUAUUUUGUAGUUUGUACGAUACAUAGGUUCCCCGAAAUUGUUCCGCUGAAAUUUCUAUUGAUAUUGUAAGUGAUAAUUGCGAAAAUGUUACUUGGAGAUGAGCGCGACGAGAAAUUUCAUUCGUAUUAGUUGUGACUUGAGGUCAGAGGAA